AAAAAAAAAAAAAAAAAAACAGCCCACCGAGGUGGUGUAUUAACCACCGUGGCCAUUUGUACAUUCCCGCCACGUGUAUGGCCGACGAACGUAUAUAGCUGUUAAUUUGUGUCCUGUUGAGACAUCUCGGAGCGGCUGGAUAUCACAAAUGCUUGAAUUCACCGUGGGAACAUUAUGAAAACACAGUGACAAGACCAACAGUUUCUCCCAAGUUUCACCCGAACUUCCUACAUUAGAAUGAAGGGACGGACAGAUGCUCCUCAGGACCGGGGCUGCUUGGUGGGGAUCUGUUUCUUCAUUCUGGGCCUGGGAACGUUGCUACCAUGGAACUUCUUCAUGACUGCCUCAUUGUAUUUCCAAGGUCGCCUAAACACAACAGAAUGGAGCAACGGCACAGUGGUGGUCCGCAAGGAGUACUACUUCAACAACUGGAUGACCCUGCUGUCCCAGCUGCCCCUGCUGGUGUUCACCCUGCUCAACUCCUUCCUCUACCAGAGGAUAUCGGAGGCAGUGCGCAUCGCAGGUAGCUUGGUUUUUAUCCUGCUGCUCUUCAUCCUCACAGCAGUGCUGGUCAAAGUGCCCAUGGACGAAGACCGUUUCUUCUCUGUCACCAUGGCUACUAUCUGGUUCAUCAACUCGUUCGGUGCCGUGCUGCAGGGCAGUCUGUUUGGCCUGGUGGGUCAGCUGCCUCAGAAGUACAGCGCCAUCUUCAUGAGUGGCCAGGGCCUCGCCGGGACCUUCGCUGCCAUCGCCAUGCUCCUAGCCAUAGCCAGUGAUGCAGACUCUGAGACUGCAGCGUUGGGUUACUUUAUCACGCCAUGUGUGGGGACGCUGGUCACACUCUUCAGCUACCUGCUGCUGCCCCGCCUGGAGUUUGCCCAACAUUAUCUAAACAAAAGCAGCAAGUACGAUGCAGACACCACGGACGAGUUGCUGAAAGAGAGCAGCACAGUGGAGAAUGGCAAGCUGAACGGCCAUGCUAACGGCACAGUGAGCAGCAGCACGACUAAGGACAGCAGCGCAGCUGAGACUGAGGUGGACCCCUGCCCAGACGGGCACAAGCAGGCCUUUCUGUCAGCAGAGCAGGUCGAGAAGGGAGAAGCCAAGGCCUCGGUUAUAGAGGUCUUUAAGAAGAUCUGGGUGAUGGCGUUCUGCGUGACGUUUGUGUUCACAGUCACUCUGUCUGUCUUCCCUGCCGUUACUGCAGAUGUCAGGACCUCGUUCCCAGGAAAAUGGGAGCGCUUCUUUAUCUCAGUGUGCUGCUUCCUGAUUUUCAACAUCCACGACUGGUUGGGCCGGACCAUCACCACCGUGUUACGUUGGCCAUCAAAGGAGUCCCGUCUGUUCCCGGUGCUGGUUGUCUGCAGGGUGAUCUUCGUCCCUUUGCUGAUGCUCUGUAACGUCCAGAGCCGCUACUUCCUUCCUGUCUACUUCGGCAAUGAUGUUGCUUUCGCUAUUAUCAUGGCUCUCUUCUCUGUGUCCAGCGGCUACUUCGUCUGCCUUUCCAUGUCCUACGCGCCACAAUUGGUGGAGCCCAAGGAUGCAGAGACUGCAGGAGCCCUCAUGACUUUCUUCUUAGCCCUGGGCCUGUCGAUCGGGGCCGCCCUGUCCUUCCCUCUCAGAGCUCUGGUCUAGUCAAGCUUACAUAUAGCACUGCGUAGACACUGUAGAAUAUUUUCACACACACACUUGGAGGGGGGAAUAUGAUAGAUGUGUUUUUCUGCAGUUUCUCCCUUCUGGACAACCUCGUUUUUUGUCCAUUCGUCAGGUACUCUGUGUGUGUGUGUGUGUGUGUGUGUGUGUGUGUGUGUGUGUGUGUUUGUUAUGGCAUACCAGCCUUGACAACCAAGCACCCUGGAUGACGCUGUGAAACAGCUCAUGAGGUGGUAUUGGUCAUAAACGACUGAUAAGGUUCCCUUUGAAAGUCGGAACAAGGGAAAUGAUGUAUGGUACUCUGACAACUGCUGGUUCUGUUACCUGCUGCUAACCUGCUGGGAAAGAUUUCCUCUCUGUGCAGCUCCUAUAGGGUUGAUCAUGUUGGACUUUCUAUGUUGACUGUGUUUCUACAUUUUUAGGUUUAUUUAUGUUCCAUUUAGGUUUGUUGUAAGUAGAUUUAGGAAAUUAUCCUUUAUAUUUUUUUUAUUUGAUUGAUGGCUUGAAUGAUUACUUGAUAGAUUCAUUACAUUAGAUAUUUUUGAUGUAUUUUUCUUCCCAGGAUUAUUUUGUAUUUUCUAAAGAAAUAGUUCAAUGUUAGAGAACUAGAACAUGCAAAAACAUUGUUUGUAAUAUUGUACUGUAAAUGACCUGCCCUCAUGAGCAUGUAUGGAUCAAUGAACGGUCAAACUGGGCACAGGCUCAGGGGUCCAAGCAGCCUGGGGGCCUCUGACCCAGAGCCUCUGUUUGAAGUAACAUUUCUUGUUGUAAAGUCAAUCAAAUUACCAUGGAGACACACAGAUGACUGCGAAGAAGCCCUAAAUCACCACCAAAAGAUACAAAAUUACCACAAACGUGUAAAACAACGACAAAAGGAUGCAAAACAUCUGUGCCGUUUGUGUCUCGUCUCCUGUGUAGCAGAGGUGGGGGAUCUUUUACAUGUUUGUCCCCCAUUGUUUUCUAAUUUGUCUGUGCUCAUGGGACGAUUUGCAAAUUACCUUGCAGUCUCUCUUGUGUCUCUGCAGCAUCAAGGCUCCUGCUGCCAUCUGCUGGUCAGAAGACAGAGCUACAUUUCUUUUCCUGAGCUCAAAGCCCAUCACGACAGACUGUUGUUAUGUGACACUGACUGUGUUUACAUGCACAAAAUAUUCCGGUAUUUGCCUUCAUUCUGAAGAAGACAAUAUUCCUACUGAGCCAAUACAUGGCUUAUGAAAAUGAAUAUUCCUGUAAGACUCCCAUUUGCAUGCAGCCAUACACUGGUUUCCAUUGGUGGCAGACUUGUUUGGCAAGCUUUCAUUCCUUCAACCAGCUUUUUUAAAAGGUUGAUGUUAUAAUAUUUGCACAUUUCCAAAAACCUGUUGAUAACCAAGUCUUUCAUUGUGUGUAAAAGUAGACGUGUUUCUCCUUUUGACCAGAAAUGUGAGCUUUUCUUUUGGGCAUGCAUGUCUACCACAGUGUGGGAAACUGUUGGCUAGUUGGUUUGUGUACACACAGAGCUGACGAGGAACAAGGAAGAGGCUUUGUGUCGCAAAUUGCGGUAUAAACCUCAGCUGAGAAGAAUCCCGGCAUAAUCCUACAUCUUAAUUUGAAGAUUCUCCAUCUAGAAUUCUAAAUGUCCAAACAGAAAUGCUGUUUACAAGACCCAUAUUAAAUUCAGAAUAUUGUCAUUUUCGCAGUAAUAGUGGAAUAUUAGUGUGCAUGCUAACGCAGUCAUUAUGAGGUCAAAGGAUAGCAGUAACUGACAGGAAAUGGAUGCCAGAGUUUAUGAUAACAGGUUAUAUGAGUAUGACCACAUUCUUCUACUGACAUGACCCCAGGCUGGCACUGAGACAUGAUGCAACUCUUGGCUCAAUACAAGAAGUAGCUUUACUUAAAGUUAAUCUAAUUUCCGAGAACAGCUGGCAGCUGCUGUUUAGUUACUAAGUGUACCGAUGUAGUGAUGCUGCUGUAAGCCAUUAAAACACCGUCUAACCAUGUGGAAAUAAGACUACUUGUUUUCUUCAAUUUUGUAUUGUAUGGACAUUGUAUUGAUUAUUAGUUAUGUCAGAUAGUAUUGAAUUUUUUUUAGACAUUGCUACCAGUGUGCCAUUGAUGUGAUUCAUUUCAGUUUGUUGGGACUGUUAUUUCAUUGUAGUGUGCAGACAUCUUCACAUUUAUAGGAACUGACUCAUUGCUCCAGGUUGAUGUAGAAUUGUUCAUGACCAGCAUCACAAUCCAGGUAGAUUGAACCUUUUUUUUUGCAACAAAUUUCUUCUCUUUUUUUUUUUUUCUUAAUUGUACAAUUUGCAUUGGUUUAUAUUCAUAUUAUUCAAAGUGUUUUGUUUUUUUUCCAUUCAUGAGUGGUUUACUGUAUGAGGUGUCAUGUAAAGUUUGUGUCAUAACAGCUGCUGCUAAUGAAGGGAGCAAUAUGAACGUGACUUGAUUUGUGCUGCAUUCACAUAAAGUGGGAGUUUUCAAUCUGAGCUGAACAAACGUGCAUUUAUAUUUGAGAUAAUGAUUUACAGCUAUAGAACUGUCAAUGUGAAUUGACAAACACAAGAAAGUAGUUGUUAUAGCAACUAUAGGGAAAAAAAAGUUGUCUAGUUGAAUCAAUCGAAACCCUGAAGUUUAAAUGCAGCUGAUGCUCACUUGAACAAUAUAUUUUCAGUAGGAAGUUGAAGUGACCCAUAUUUCCUACAGCCUGUCGAUGCAGCAGCAUCAGUAAUGGAGAUAACAGGUCAGGUCACAGCACAGGUCAGAAGAUUUCAAACUGUUUAUUUCAAUUUUCCUCUCUACUUGUUAACUUCUUGUAUAAAGAAUGUGGGUUGGGGUCGUUCUCAGGCAGUGUACAGUACAUAGUUGCAGGUAUUAUUAUAACAGUCAUAAUCAGCCUUAAAAAGGAUGAAACCCAGUGUAAAAGGUCCGUGUUGUGUUCACAUCAUAUUGGAUUGAGUGUAAAUACUGCUGACUGCCUCCUUGUGGUGAUGAUGCUAAUUGCAGGUGUGUCACCAGAGAGUGCAGAACAGCAGGAAAUCCUUCAACAUUAGCAACAAAAUUAAGAAUUAUCUUUCAAAGCACCAACGUGUGUUUUCUCUGGCACGGUACUGCUGCAGCAUUAAUACUUCAUGUGAUCCAUUGUAUGCAGAUCACCUGUGCUCUGUACAAACAGAUGCUGGCAGACACACGGAGGAUCUGGUCUGACCUACCAGAUCAUGUCUCUUGAAUUACAGUAAAGGGAAAUCAUGCCUAUGCAUGUGCAUAAUGUAUCUUUAUAGAUUUGACUGUUAAUAAAUUGAUGGUUUCAA